ACUUCUGACACCACUCUCUCUCUCUCUCUCUCUCUCUCUCCACAUUUUGCAUCUUACAAUAGAAGUAAAUGGAGGCAGCAGCAGAAGCACUUCCGUGCCGAGCUUACCCUUUCUGAAUCCCCUUUUAACAGUUUUUUAUUAUUCACACGGAAAAAAAGUAAGAAAAGAAGCUUUUUUCCCCCUUGAUCAUCACUAUCAGAUACAGACCCUCUAGAGAAAAAGGAAAAAAAAGCCUUCAUGUGAAUGUGACAAUGGAAGCUAAGCCUCUUCGAACUGUUCCCUCUUCACACAACACUUCUGGGGUAGGAGGUGGACCCCAGAAGAAGAUUGACAUGGGACACAAGAUGGUAGGUGAUGUUGGUGUUGUUGUUGUUGAUGAAAGAAAGAGGGUUGUUGUGGUCAAGGAAGAGAAAGAGAACACUUCUUCCUACAGUGUUGAACUUCAUCUCGGGGUUGAUGCUUCUCAUUCUGCUCCACAAGAAAUAAACCAUGUGAUCACGGAAGCUCAGAGGCGUGAGCUUCACCAUCAAGUUUUCAUCUUCAACCAUUUGGCAUAUAAUCUUCCUCCUCCUUAUCACCUUGUGCAAUUCCCGAGCAACAUGUCAGAAUACAGUUUCCUGGGUUUUGAUCAUGGGAGUAUGGUGGAUCCAGAGCCUCAUAGGUGUAGAAGAACUGAUGGAAAGAAAUGGAGGUGUGGUAAGAAUGUGGUGCCUAACCAGAAGUACUGUGAAAGACACAUGCAUAGAGGUCGAAAUCGUUCAAGAAAGCCUGUGGAAACAUCUCAAAUUAACUCUCAUCUGGCAACAAAGCCAUCUAGCAAGUCACACAACAAACCCGCCUCAAGGACACAAUUUGAAAUUUCAAAUCCAAACCUUAUGGCCAUUCGACAUAGUGACACAUCAAGUACCCCAUCAAGGAGUCUCAGUGUUGCCAAUUGCUCUUCUGCUAAUAAUAGGUGGAAAAAUAGUGCAAGUUAUGCUGACUACCUCACAUCGUUUUCUUCUGCGUCUGCAGUGUCCCCUGGAUCCACUCUUGCCACUCCAGUUGCUCCUAAGAUGGCCACCUUCAGCAGUGUGACAUCCAUUGCUUCAGAUAGAGGAAGUUGCCUAAAUAUAUGCCAGAAAGAUAACAAGUCCAAGAGCUGUAUCAGCAACAACAUCAGUGUUAAAAGUGGUGGGAAAGGAAGAAUUGUUGGUGACACUAAUGGCAUUUCUACUGGAAUAGGCUUCUCCCCAACGAGUGUUCUUCAAGUUUCUGGUUGCAACCCUUCAUACCUGAAUGACAGAACCAACAUAGAAUCUGCAUCCGGUAGGUGCCGGAGAACAGAUGGUAAGAAGUGGCAAUGCAAGAGUGCUGUUCUUCCGGGUCAGAAGUACUGUGCCACACACAUGCACAGAGGUGCUAAAAAGCGGCUCACAAGCCAUGAACCGGCAGUUACCAUUGCGCGGUUGCCUAACUCUUCAGUCACAACCAAAAUGCAGAAAGCGCAUUGUGCAAUUCCAAACACAAAUCUUUCCAUGUCAGUCCCAGCAAGUGAACCAUUCAUACAAUGUAAUGAGAAAAGUCAAAGUACCAGUGACACUGAUACCACCAUCAGUGACACCUUGAAUGAGUGUAGCUAUGCUUCUUUCUGAGAAGCACUUAUGUGUUUUGUUUUAACUUGUAACAUUUGAGGUCUCAGUUAUGUGUGGACUGAACAAUGAUCUCCAUGAAGAAAAGAUUAACCAUGUGUUUGUUUUUAAUCAUGUCAUCCUCACAAUGUGAAGUAAAGUGGAAAAAAAUAUAACAAAUUGGGGUCACCCGGACUUGAACCAGA